UGGACUUUAGCUUCACACAGCUCAGUCUACAGUACAUUCAGCGACAGUUUACUCUCCGUUUACUGAACUUCACACUAAUGUAUGGAUUUAUCUUAAAACACAGAAAGAAGAAAGAAAACCAGAACAAGAAUCCAGAAAGAAAACCAAAGCAUAUUAUUGAAAAAAAAACAAAAGAAAAAAAAAAUGCAAUGAUGUAAUAAAGCGUGGAUAGGAAAAGCGUUGAGAAAGUGGUCCUGAUAAGAUGCCGAGAAAGCCAACAUAUAUAUUUUUCUUCAUUACAUUGUUUUCCUGUUUUCUUUUGGGAAUUAUCAUCACAAUCACCAUAAAGUUUCCCUACUUGCUCAUUCCUGGUACUGAAGUGAAAAAUCUCAAUGAAAUAUUGAACGCUCAAAAUCACCGUAAACACAUCUUAAAGACAGAAUGUGCACAACAUAACCUUAGUAAACCACUGUAUAAGAUCAAGGCUGCUGUUGCCAAACAGCUGUAUGUGGAAGAACACCAUAAGCUAAUAUAUUGUGAGGUGCCAAAAGUAGGCUGUUCCAACUGGAAGAGGAUUCUGUUUCUUCUAAAUAUAAACCUCAACGUAGAUGCAGAGUAUAUUGACCAUGAAGCAGUCCAUGAAAAUGCACUGUUUAAGAGACUGAUUGACUACCCCCCUGAUCAGCAAAGCAUACUGCUUGAAACAUAUACUAAAGUGUUGUUUACUCGCGAUCCGCUACAAAGACUCGUUUCAGCCUAUAGAGAUAAAUUUCUUCAUUAUGGUGGAUACUACUAUGGAACACAAAUUGCCAACGUCAUCAAAUCACAGUACAGAAAAAACAAUAAGUCAUCAGAAUCUGUAUCUUUCCAGGAGUUUGUUAAUUUUAUCAUUGAUCGGAACGCAGAAAAACUAGAUACACAUUGGAGACCUAUGCACUAUCUUUGUGAUCCGUGCAACGUCAAUUACAGCAUACUAGGCAAGUUUGAAACACUGAAAGUGGAUUCUGACUAUGUUCUGAAAGUAGUUGGUGCACCACCAUUCCUCAAAUACCCAGACAUCAAGAAGUACAAUGAAUCAAGAACAGAUUCUAAGAUAAGUGCUAAAUAUUUUGCCCAGCUACCCGGCAGUUUACUACAGAAGUUGCUGAAGAUAUAUAAACUGGAUUUCACGCUUUUUGGAUAUAGAUAAAUACUGUAGCUGGUUGCUAAGAGGAAAGAAUUAUAACGGGGCAUCUAUAGUGUACUGAAUUUUAGGACAGUUUUAAUACUUACGAUUAGAUUGCUAUUGUCAUUGUACAUACUUGUGGAUUGAUUCACCCACAAAUCCAUAAUGGUUUAACCAAGGCACAUAGGGUCUAUUCUUAAAGCAGUGAAAAGUGUAUAGAAGUGAGCCAGUGGAGAUGUUGACCAUAGCAACCAAUCAGUGUUGAGGUAACAUUUAUAGAAUGCAUUCUAUAUAAUUAUACGAAGCAGCUGAUUGGUUGCCAUGGGCAACUUCUCCACUGGCUCACUUCUCUACACUUUUCACUGGUUCAUAAAUAGACCCCAUAAUCUCUCCUACUAUCAGUUUUAUCCAUGAUUCUUAUUUGAUGAAGAAAAAUUAUGGAACAAACUGUUUAUACUUUUUCUUAUUGAUUAUAUAUAAGAGUUACUACACAGACCGCCAAAUAAAGCAUGCGGUACUGAUAUAUUAUUAGAAUGAAUGCUAUUAUAUGAAAGAUCAAUAUACAGUACAUAAUAUAAACCAAUGGGCAAAAACAGUGAAAACAAAGAAUGCAUACUGAGGGAGGUAGUGAUGAGGAGGGGACUUGAUCAAAAUCACAGAAGAAUAUAACAUCAAAUUAAGGUGAUGAGCCCAUAAAUUCUCAGAAUUUAUCGUUCCCUAAAUGCCAUUCAAGAAAGUCAUUCUUCUGUCAACGUGAGCAGACUAAAGGUGCGUACGCACUAGGACGAUAUCGACACAAUGGCCCCAUUCUGCUGGCAUAGUCAACUUUGUAUGCACUUGCCGAUGCUGGCACCCCCGCUGGGUCCCGUCACUAAUGACAUCUCAUCGUUUGCGAGUUGUCUAGUGUGUACCCACCAUAACUCCCAAAUUGAAACAAAAUAUUAUAUAGUAUGUGCAUAGACCUGCUUGACUAUAACAUGGUUGUGGUUGGUUGGUUGGUUGGUUGGUUGGUUGGUUGGUUGGUUGGUUGGACCAUGGAGACAGUGUAAGGACUAAUCCGGGUGAUUUGGAAGUGAUUGAUCGACAAGAAAAGUGUUAUACUGAAAGGACAGGAAGCCUAAGGGUUAUUUAUAAACUGUGUUUGCCAUUUGUUUAUAUUAUCGGCGGUAUGUAAUGUGGGCCAAGUGAAAGUCCAUGCGUUGUAAGUGAUUGCCCCUCAAAUAAGUGGAGCUAAUAAUCCAAAUGGAGCUCACUGUGCAUGUGAUUAGCCAAACAAAAAAAAAUGCUCAGAAGAUUAAAUCAGGGGCCUUUGGAGAGGAUGGACCAUUACUGAAUGGGACCUUUUCACAUCCGGGCCUAAUGCUGUUAGAUUUAUUGAGUAAUUACUCUAUUGUCUCUGUUUUGUGGUAAGGAAAUUAGACUGUAAACUCCACUAUGCCAUACACCAGACCAACUUUUAUCCUACUGUCCAACUAGUUGGUUGGUUGGAAUGAAAAUCUGUUAAUGGAUGGGAGCAAAUGACAUUCAGCAAAAUGCGUUGGGUGUUUGAAAUCUGUGUCCACAUUACUGUUCUGUCUAGGAUGUACAAAAAGUGGCAACGGCCCAUCAAGCAGAAAAAUCUCCGGCUAUUUGGUGCACAUAUAUUAAUUGUGAUUUGUACUGUAAAAAGGUUUUAUAUGGAACUAUUGUUUUAAUAAAUUUGGUAAUAUUUUUA